CGGAAGACUGUUGGUAUUGGUGGUGAAGCGUGACUGUGUUUGUUCAGCCAUCAGAUGAGGAUAUGAGUGUAUACUUGACUGUCAAUCAAAGUAGUGUUGGUGUAUUUUUGUUCGAAAGCAUUUUUGAGCGGGUAGGUUUACCGUUUGGUAGAUACAGAAAUACUUUCAAUCGUUUUCGUCAGUCAUACAAGUUUCUCGUAACGUAAGACUACAGUUUUGUUGUGUAUUUUGUGUCGUUGUUGUUAUUAUUUUGAUGACGUGUAAAAAUGGAUGCAGGGAAAAACUUUCUAAGUGAAUUUAUCGAUUGUUACGAAUUGUGUCCUUCAUUAUGGGAUAAUUCAUCUCCUGAAUACACAUCAAGGCAUACAAAAUUUAUUGCAUACAAUAAAUUACUUAACAUAAUGAAAAAAUAUAAGGAAGAUGCAUCCAUAACGGAUGUGAAGAAAAAAAUCAAUACUUUGCGUAGCAAUUUUCGAAGAGAAAUGAAAAGAAUAUCAAGGUCAGAGGCAAGAGGUGAUAUGCCUCUCUAUACACCGAAUCUAUGGUGGUUUGAAAAAUUCAGUUUUUUAAGACAUCUUAAAAAUUUUAAAGAAUAUUCAAAAUCUGGUUCUUCGAAAGCCAAUAUCCAUGCUAAACAAGAGGAAGUUUAUAUUGAUGAAUAUUCUAUGUUGGAUGAGCACGAUGAUAAUGAAGACGAUAACGAAGAAGAUGAGGAACAAGAACAUGAUCCGGUUUACAGUAUGGAUAUAAAAUUAGAAGACACAACAAAAAGUAAAAGACAACAUAUUGCAGAAGAACCUUAUAUUGAGCCAAUGCCAAAAAAGAUUAAGACACCCGAUGAUAAUCUGUUGGUUAACUAUAAUGUCUUGCCCACUCCUUCAACAGCAUCAGAACCACCAGCAAUUUCAAGUGGCGUUUCCGCCAACGCUACCGUCGUCGUCCCAGUCCCAGAUACAAUUGAUCACAUGUGUAAAGCAUGGGCUGGAAAUCUACGUGAAAUGACCAAAUCUCAGAGAAUCAUUGCUGAAAGGGCUAUCAGUGAAAUUAUAUUUCAAGGUCAAGUGGGAGUCUUAACGUUUGAUUCUAUACCAAAGAUGCCUGUGAAUGCUUCAUCUUCUUCAUCACAAAUGCAAAUGGUUAUAAAUAGUACUUCAUCCCAAGUACGAGGGACAAUAGAUCCCAAUGAAUAUUCGACCCAACAACAACAACAACAAUCUCAUCACAUGGUAGAUCAUCAGAACCAAGUCCAACAUCAGCAAGAACGACUGUCAACAACUUCAAAUCUACCACAAAAGACUACUGGGUACACAACGCCGGUGAUAAAACAAUUAGACUAUCCGGGACAAUUUUAUGACCAAUAAAAAGUUGCUUUUAAUUAUUUUAUAAGUCUCAAGGAUUAAAUUG